AUGAAAUUGACGCAGGAUGUCAGGCCCAAAGCUCCAUGUCCACCUUCUGCCCAUCUCUUUCAGCAAGUAAAUAAAGCAAAACAAACCGAAGGUAUGGCAGACAGCAGCGUAGCCAGCCUGACGAUUUAGUCCUGCUAUGCAAAUAUUUUCAUAUUCAUUGCCUGAAAACAAUCAAUUUCUAAAGAAAUGAAUGAUAAUAAUUUUGAAUUUGCAUAGUGGCACUAAAUUGUUGGGCCAUGCACUGAUGGCAGAUAUAAUCAAAUUGAAUGAUAUCAUUACACAGGAAAAAAUAAAAUACCAUUUGGUAAAUAACCAACGUUUUGUUAUCUGUUAUUGGUGUAAUAUUACUUAUGGAGGACACCAGAGGACCUGGAGAAAACCUAUGGUGUUUUGUGGAAUCAACAUGUGCCAGCUCAUAUAUGUACUGAUUAAACACUAAGCAAUUGAUAAUCAAAGCCCAGUACUAUCAAGUAUAAUAUGCUAUAUACGAAUUGAACCCUUCAGUGUUCAAUGUGAUUGAAUACUUUUGUUUUCUAGAUUCAAAUGCGGACCAGAUCGACGCUAAAUUACCUGGACUUACACCUCCUAUUAGCUGUGGGAUUAAUGGAUUUGACCUAGAGGCUAUGCCUAAGGGUAAAUAUCAUUAUGAUAAGCAUCGUUUUCAUUUCUAUUCUAUUUCUCAAACAAUUCAAGACAAAAAAAAACAGCUCGGUUCCUCUCUCUUGUUGCAAAUAUUUUUUUUAAUAAUGCACAUCUUGAGAUGAUAUUAUUUGGAAAAUAUUAUUAGUAAAAACAAGUUAUUUCCAAACUUGAGGUAAAAAGAUUAUGGUCAGUGAUUUCAGUGGCCAAAAGGGUCAGAAAAUCAGAAACCUAGUUACUUUUUGCCUUUCAAAAGAAGAUAUUAAUUUUCAAAUGAAUAUUAUGGCCAAGAAUAUAAAAGUGGCCACAUCAAAAAUAUAUAUUUAUAUUACCUACUGUAUUAUCUACUGUACAUACAUCUCUAUAACAUAUUUUAGAAGGCUCAAAAGCUCCCGAAAUUGGAAUGUAUGAGACGUAUUAUGUGACGGCUCAUAAAGGACCAUGUAGAGCUGCCUGCUUUACUGACGAUGGUAGGUUAAUAUAUGGUUUGCCAUUAUUAGUGCAUUAAUUACUAUACUUAUUCACUCCUGUGAUGAGUCGAUAUAUCAGUAUUUCAAAAAUAUUGAUAUUUGAUGAAAUUUUUCCUUAAUCUCCUUAAUUUCUUUCAGCAAUUAUUAUUUGGUAAAGUUUAGAAAACAUGUAUAUGACAAGCACCCUACCUUAGUUAUUACUCUGUCUAGUGCCAGAUGAUUUUACUGUAUCUAUCAAGGGGAGAAUACUGGUAUUGAAUGGGUUAAUCAGACUCUGCCCAUGUGUCUAGUUAAUCCAUUAAGUUGUUUUGCACCCUACUUUAUUGUUUACUCUGUCUAAUGUCAGCAGAUGAUUUUACUCAUCAAGAAGAGAGCACUGGCACUCGUUUGGGUUAAAUUAAAUUAUAUUUUACAGUACAUUGUAACUGUAAUUCUAUUCUAGGUAAACUGAUUGCAACAGGAUCAGCAGACUGUUCUAUCAAAGUAUGAAUUUCCAUUUCUACACAGAUUUUUGUUUUGCUCGGUAAUUUAUAAAGAUUAUGUAUGAUAUUUUUGUACUGAUAUUUUUAUUCCAGGUCUUGGAUGUAGAUCGGAUGAUUGUGAAGACGACCACGCCCAGUUCCAAAGACCAUGGAAUGCUGGGAAUGGAGAACCACCCAGUGAUUAGAACUUUAUAUGAUCAUGUUGAUGUAUGUGUUAGCUCAUUACCCACCAAUCUGCUCUGAUUAUUUACCCUUUAUUUUCUUGUUCCGGGCUUUCAAACAUUAGAGAGUUUAAGUUUCGCUUUAUACGUCAAACGGCAGGCAAAGAAAACUUUUACGGUAUCAGGCAAUAAAGAGUAAAUUAACUUACCGUUUUAAAACUGUUUUUAACACAAGAAAAAAAUAUGAAACGAAAACGUUCAACGAAAAUUUUACCAAGAAAAUUCGAACAUGCCGUUUGCCGUUCCCGGAAACGUGAAGCUUAAACUCCCUAUUAACGAGCUCCUCGCGGUCAGCGGGUCAGGUCUAGAAUUGUAUGGAAACUUUUCCUCAAAUUUCCAUCUACAAGAAUCCAUCAACAUUGAAAACUAAAUACUAGUCAGUUUAGAUAAAUAAAAUGCGUAUCGAGAUUCAAGGUAUUAAAAAAAUGAGCCCUCGGUAAUUAGUAUAUUCACAGAGACACCAACUAAGACAGUUUAUUGUCCAAAACUAUCUAAACUGGACAUUCCAUCUCAACAAAAAGCCUUGCAACGUACUAUUCUUAAAGUGAAUUCCACAAAUCAAUAUUUCAGGAAGUAACGACGAUGGCAUUUCAUCCCUCUUCACCCGUUCUCGUGUCUGGCAGUCGCGAUUUCACAAUCAAAUUCUUCGACAUUUCUAAACCUUCCAUAAAGAAAGCAUACAGAUCAAUACAGGUAAUGCAUCAGUUUCAGUAACCACCCCUCUUCCUCUUUCCUCCACUAUUUCACGAAGUUCCCGCCACUGUGAUACACUGUAGAUUUGAUAACUUGUAUUAUUGGCAAAACAAAUUACUAACUAUUAAACUCCAAACGAGACACCUCAACAACUAUACUGUAUUUAUAUGUUUUAAGGAAGUUGAAACAAUCCGAAGUUUAUCGUUUCAUCCCUCGGGUGAUUUUCUUCUUGUUGGCACCGAGCACCCGACUAGUAAGUGCUGAAUUUUGAGGGUUUACCGUAAACGUUUGAUACUGGAUAGCUCGAUCGGUCAGUUCUAAAUUGGUUUCCUUAUAGGAACAGUAAGGUCGAUUCUUUAUUCCUUUAUUACCACCAAUAAGCACAGAACACCUACUAGCUGUAUGUUAUUUGGCACAGAAAGACUGUAAGCACUCUCCCAUAUGCGAUCGAGGGAUAGAUUUACUGAGGAGAGGGGACAGUGUACACCCCUCCUAGCCUUGGCAAAGAGGAUGGCAAGGGUGUUUCUGAUUACAAAAAGAAAUGAAUAGAGAGAAAAUGAGAGUAACAACCUGUUUGACAAUGUGAAGUUGUCAAACAUUCGACUACAGGCUACUGCCUUGCUACCUUAGCUAGUUUUAGUGAUUUUGUAUUUGAUCAACCCUCACACCUUGAAUCAUGACCAAAGUUCGAUGACCAUUCCCCACCAGGUAUCGCUGGGUCUAUCCCUAAUGCUACCAACCCUAUCUCCGAUGCACAUUGCAGGAAUCGAAUUACCCCGCGGUCACAGAGAUAAAAUAUAUACACGCACUAACCGUUGUUUUUAACCAACUGUUACAAUUCUUUUAAGAAUUUCUACUUUAUCUUUCUUAAAGUACGUCUAUAUGAAAUAAACACGUUACAAUGUUAUGUUGCGAGUAACCCGAAAGAAUAUCACAACGGACCAAUCACACAGGUACAAGAUGGCAAGACUUUAAAAUUUAAAAUUCUGAAUUGGUUGCAACUGAAGGUGGUCAUAGUAUGUUCUGCGUUUGUUCAAAAAUCUAGGUCAGUUAUUCACCAUCUGGUCAUCUGUAUGCAUCAACCAGCAAAGAUGGAUCAAUAAAAGUGAGUUGAGACAAUCAUUGCAUAUCAUUCAAACAUUCAUAAAUGAUCAGCUUAUUAGAUAGGCGAUUUAAUACUGAAUCUCGCUUCUUUCGUCUAGGUUUGGGAUGGCGUCAGUAAUCGUUGCAUUUCAACAUUUCCUAAUGCACACAAUGGAAACGAGGUAAAAUAUCACCGAGCAAAGAAAUGACACUGUCAUGAUUUGUAUAAGCUGCAUGUAGAGUAUCACGGUUCUGAUACAACAUUAAUGUAACACUUACCCAAAAUGGUAAGUGUACAAUAUUUUGCAUGUGUAUUAUUCGAGUUAUAAUUGGGAAGAAACGUACUAUACAAUCCAGGGAAACUAAUUUGCAAUUCAUCAAUUGACAUCAUAUACAGCAACUUUGACAGUGAAAAAGUUGAUCAAGAUGAGGUUUUCUUUACUCUAAAGAUAUAUUGCAUUUCUUUUCGGAAUGACCCAAAUACUUCACAUCAAAAAUUAUGGGGAUUAGUAGUACUGUACUCUUAAAUAUCUUAACACUUUCCCUUUGGUCAAAUCUUAGGUUUCUGCAGUUAGAUUCUCAAAGAAUUCAAAGGUAAGAUCAUAACAAUUUGUUGACAAAAUUCAGCUUAUCGAUGUUAGUGUUUCAGUUAUCUUUUAUGCCAUUGUCUAUUACCUAAUGUAAUAAAAUGAAUGAUAUUUUGUAGUACUUACUUACGAGUGGCAAAGAUUCAUUAAUAUUCCUUUGGGAGCUGUCUACAGGUAAAAUACAAGACAAAUCCAUCAAUCAUUCCUUUCUUUCGUUCGUUCGUCAGUUCGUUCGUUUGUUCUUUAAGACCAUUACAUAGAAAGCCAGAAACCAGUGUUCCAGCGAACCACAGGUCCAUGCAGGCAAACUUCAAAAGCACAAAACAACAGGAAGCAUUUGUUUGAUGUUGAACUGUACCUCACCAUGCACAAAUAAUUUGUUUCGCUUCAUUGAAUAUUAUUUAUCGUGAUUGCACGUUUCAUCUCGGUUGGACGAUCACUUUAUUAUACGAAAAUACAAUAAGCCCAAUCACCGCGACAGUGCACAAACUAACAUAAACUCAAAGAAAAACCUAACAGAAUGAGCCAUACCAUCUUGAUAGACUAUGCCCUGAAUUAUCACAUAUACAAGAAUACUGAGUGGUAAAUAUCGCAUGCAUUUUAUUCUCUCUAGGUCGAGCUGUCAGCAUGUAUACAGGAGCAAAAGCUGCACCACAAUAUGCUGUUGGUGCAACAUUCAAUCAUACGGAGGAUUACAGUAAGUUGGUUCAGGGAUAGAUUUUCUGCGAUGCAGGGGUUGCACCCUCCUAGUUUUUGCAACGGGUUAUGCCAGGGGGUGCCAAUUUCCCCCAAAAGCCUGUGCCUUACAAUUCAAUCUUGUAUUAAUCCUUUAUUUAUCCAACAUUUAAUUAAUCUAUAUGUCCUUGAUACAUUCUAGUUCUAAUGCCAGACAGUACUGACCUACACAGUCCUAAAAUCGCGUGUUGGGACACCAGGAGUACAGAGAAACUCAAAGUACUUCCUUCAGGUAGGAGAAAUUUGUUCGUUGCGGCUCGAGAAGCUUAAAGUUUAAGCUUGGUUAUGGUAGGUUUCGGUAAACAUUACUGGACAGUAUUGCUACUUGCAUAUGGUAUGGUAUUUGCAAUAUUGCAUGGUAUAUUAUGGCAUAAUAUACAGUGAACAGCUGUGUGGUAUGGCAUGGUAUUGUUUGGUGUUUUGUCGUAAGCUAUGAUGUGAUAUAAUAUUGUGUGGUAAAGUAUAGUAUGGUACUAUGGUAUGGUAAAGUGCGUUGCUGUAUUGUAUGAUGUGAAAACACAAAUUAUAGUAUAUUAUUGCGUCGUAUGGCAUGUUAAUGAUGGUACUUACCUACUUUUCGGUACAUAAUUCCAUUCAGGUCAUACAAACACGAUUGGCUGUCUACAACACUCCCCAACUGCAACCGCUUUCAUAUCGUGCAGUGACGACAACCGGGCUAGAUUCUGGUACUCGGAAGGAAUAUAAUGUUACCAUGGGGAUAUGACGUGAGGAAGAAAUUCUGUUUCCAUGGUGUCGUGUGGAAAAUUUACGGUUGCUUCGGCAACUCGAACAAUUAAAAACUGUCCAUUUGUGAUAUAGUAGAAGCGAGCAAGAACAGACACAUCUUUUUCUACAUUUUGUGUGCACAAAUGCGUAAACUUUAUACCAUACAUGCUGGUUAUGAAAUUUUUAGAAAGUUAUUAGAAUGAAAAUAUGGUGCACGUGUUCAAUAAAUAAUUAGAUAUUGUAGAAAGGGGUGAAAAAAUAGGCGAGCACUGCGCAGGAAAUGUUGAACAGCUGCAGGAGAUCUGUUUGACUGAAGAUUUGCUAUUGAAAAUUUGAAGGAAACCUUGGUUGUUUACCAUUUACA